CGGAAGAUGGCGUCGCUGCGCUGCAGGCCGGACCCGUGCGGCCUCACCUGUCUGCUGCUCACCUACGGCAGCCUGCUGCACGCGGACUACGUGGUGCUGAGGCACGUGCUGCUGCCCGCCUUCACGGACAGCCUGUGGUGUACUCUACACGCAUCAGUGUUCAACCUCAUUCUGCUGCUGCUGCUGGCCUGCCACGCCAAAGCCGUCUUCUCAGACCCCGGUAUGGUUCCUCUUCCUGAGACAGCCAUGGACUUCUCAGACCUUCGCUCUCAGUCGUCUCGAAUGAAUGAGCGGGGCUGUGAAGGCUGGACGGUCUGCAGCCGCUGUGAAACCUACCGACCUCCCAGAGCGCAUCACUGCCGCGUCUGUCAGAGGUGUAUACGACGCAUGGACCACCACUGUCCCUGGAUCAACAACUGUGUCGGAGAACUCAACCAGAAGUAUUUCAUCCAGUUUCUCUUCUACACCGGCGUGGCCAGUCUGUACUCCAUGGUGUUGGUUGUGUCGGCCUGGGUGUGGAGGAUAAGGAGCGAGAGGGAAGGAGACGCAGAGAAGGAGGCGGAGGAGUCGCCCAGCAAGCACCUGAUAGUCGCUCACUACAUCAUCCUCCUGGUGGAGUCGGUGUUGUUCGGCGUGUUCGUCAUGGUCAUUUUCUACGAUCAGUUGGUCUCCAUAAUCACAGACGAGACUCCCAUAGAGCAGAGGAAGAACAGACUGAUGAUCAAGGACAGAGGCUCUUCAUCUUCAUCCUCCUCCUCCUCCACUCAGCUGCCUCACCACCCCCCACACACCCGCAAGCCUAAGCUCGCUCUGCUGCGGGAGGUUUUUGGAAGAGGUUCGGUCUUUUGCUGGCUUCUUCCUCUCCACUCCAGCCCUCCGUCGGUUGGCGGCAUCACCUACUCCGCCCUGCCCGACUAUGACGUCUGACCUCUGACCUCUGAGGGCGACGGAGGGCGAGGAAAGGUUUUUAUCUGUGUGUGUGAAAGAAAGAGGGAAUUUUCUGCCUCGCUUCGAUGUCUUAUAUUUGGGAGUGAGUGCGUGUGUGUUGGACAAAUGAAUGAAUGAGUUUAUGAAUGUAUGAAAUGUGCGACUUAUGAAAGGGUUAUGAAAGACCUAAAAGGGUUCGGCCUCAGACCCCAGACUCUUGAAUUUCUUUCCUGUCAGGAUGGAGGAGCUCCGACGGUCUAGAUCUGUAGUUUAACUACCAGCCUUCUUUGAUUAUUCUGUGUAAAGGUCAGCUUCUUCUGAACACUGGGGUUCGACUGAUGUGGGUUUAACAAGGCUGAUUUUACCCCAAAGCAAGAAAACGGGUCAGGAGGGAUUUUAAAACGUAGUGAUCCUCCAAAGUAGCUACAUUUCAAGUCCACCAAAAAACUUUAAUUAAAUGACAAAUACUCCAAUAAUGGAGUCUAAUACACAUGAUGCAAUAUAUCCGUAUAUUUAAAAGGGGGAUUUCUAAGUCAGUAAGACUUUGAACAGAGUUGACCCACAUAUCAGUCCGACCCCGGUGUUUUAACGUUGGCGUGUUUGAAGGAGCUGACUUCUGGUCAGUAUUUGGCUUUAGCCUCUUGAACAAAAACGUUAGACAAAGGAGGUCAACUUCCUGUUUUAUCAAAGCGUUAUUACAACCCCUGAAUGAAAACAGAUCAAAAAUGACCUUUUGGUUAGGGAGCUUAGAAAUAUAACUUUUGGGUAAAACUAGUUUCUGUUGACACUAAAUUGGAGGCUUAAUAAAAUAUCACUGUAUCCUCCAUGUAUUGCAACUAUAAGGCCUAAAUAACUGAGCCGUUGACCAAAAGUCCACAUACUUUGGGCAACAUAUUUAAUCGAUGCAUCUCUAAUGGGUUCUUUUUAGUUACUGAGUUUAGUUAAAGUCCAACACUUUAAUACAAACUCUAAAACACACUGUAGGUCACUGUAUUUUGUAUUUAUUUAUUUAUUGUAUUCUCAAAUCAAACAGUUGAGUUCAAGAUAUCCAAAAUAAGUGUUGUUCCUGAAGGGCGGAGGUUCUACCCAGAACCAUUCGCUGCUGAAGAACACUUUUCUGUUGUAAGGGUUUUUUUAAGGAUUCUUUUGAAGCCUAAGGGAUCCAUUAAGAACCAUUUGCAUCCAAAGAACCGUUUAAUGGCAGUAAGAGAACUAAGAUUUUGAGUUUUCGCUUCAUCCAAAUCAGCCCGGCCCUUUAGGAGCCUCAUGAGGAACCCUGGGUGGGUUCCAGAUGAAAUCCUUGGAAUAUGAAAUGCUUCUCGGUAGAACCCCCUUGGUGGGUUCUAGAUGAAACCAUUUGAAUACAAAAGGGCUUUGGUAGA